UGGGUUUGAAGUGAUCCAGUUCGUCAGACAGCACAGACCACGUUCGCAAUGCAAUCGCUGGUGGUGUUCCUCGCCGUGGCCGCCGUGGCGCGCGCCUCCCUCCUACCGCUGGCGCAGCCCGCGCACCAUCCCGCCAUCGUCCUGGACCCUCACGGCCGCCCCCUGGACACCGCCGAGGUCAUCGGCGCCCGCGCCCUCCACUACCAGGCCAAGGCUCUGGAGCACGGAUACCUCGGCAAUGCCGCCGUCGUCGCCGCCCCCGCCUGGGGCGCACACUCCGCCCUCGCCUCCCCGCUCCUGGCACACUCCGGAUACGGCCAUUUCCUGAACAAACGCUCCCUGGGACUGUACGGAGCCCACGCCUACAGCGCACCCAUUAUCGCCCCGUCUGCCGUGUCCCACCAGUCCCGCGUUGACAUCAGCCACAGUCCGGCCAUCGUGUCCCACGCUGUCGCUGCUCCGGUCUACGCCGCCGCUCCCUCCGUCUCCGUGUGGGGUGCUCACGGCCUCAGCGGCCUCCACGCCUCGCCCCUCCUGGCCCACGGCCUCCACAAGCGCUCCCUGGGCCUGUGGGGAUCCCACGCCGCCGUCGCCCACCCUGCCGUGAUUGCCACCCCCGCCCACGCCGUGACCCACCAGUCCCGCGUCGACGUGCACCACAGCCCGGCCAUCGUGUCGCACGCCGUGGCUGCGCCCGUGUACUCGCACGUGGCCGCGCCCGUGGUCGCGCACGCACUCCCCGCCGCCGUGUCCCACCAGUCCCGCGUCGACGUCCGCACCAGCCCCGCCGUGGUCGCCCACAGCGUGGUCGCCGCGCCCAUCGCUCACGGCGUGCAUGGUGUUCAUGGUCUCCACGGAUGGUAAACGGCUAGAACUGACGAACGAACC